AUGUGGGCCGCAAAUGUACUGGCUAAUUCAAUUCUGAGAAAUUGUCCAUGCCAAUAUCCAAGUGUUGGCGAAUUAACGCAGACAUGAAGCUCGCUCCCGGCAGACAGGCAGAUGGCGAUAGGGAGCUUUGCGCCAUUUGUUACACCAUAGAACGCAAGAAGAACACGAUUUGGUUGUUCACGUCAUCAAGGAAGUCAAGAUGGACUCAUUCGCCCUGGAACCCACACUGUACACUGUAAAAGCAGUACUCAUUCUUGAUAAUGAUGGUGAACGACUGUAUGCAAAGACACUUCAAUAUUAUGACUAUCUCUGUAGUCUCAGACCAUUAACCAUUUCAACUCACUGGUAUGCUCUAUCACAUACAAUGCUGCAUCUGUCUCCCCAGCUGAUGCUGAUGUCUGUCCUGAACUGCCUGUUCGAUUCCCUCAGUCAAAUGUUGAGGAAGAAUGUGGAAAGAAGAGCUUUGCUAGAGAACAUGGAAGGAUUGUUCCUAGCUGUCGAUGAAAUUGUAGAUGGAGGAGUCAUCCUAGAGAGUGACCCACAGCAGGUUGUCUACCGUGUAGCAUUACGGGGUGAUGAUGUUCCUUUGACAGAACAGACUGUGACUCAGGUGCUGCAGUCGGCAAAGGAACAAAUCAAGUGGUCACUUCUGCGGUAGUGUGGGAACCACAACCACUGAAUACACACACAUACACCCACUCACUCUCUCACAUACACACACACACACACACACACACACACACACAGUGACAUUCCUGUAUUCAUACCUCUGUAUAUCUCAGAUAUCAUUGCACUGAAUCAUCCACUAGAGGACAUUAGUUACCCUCUGUCUCCUUGGUUAUGAUUUCCAUGAUUUCCAACUGUUUCCAGUAAGAAGGUAGACCUGAAGAGACCUAAGACC